GAGCUAAUGUCGGCCUUAUUCAGCGGUAAUAGGUGUGAAUCAUCAGCCUCUCCGUAUUUGUUGACCUUGCUUGCCAGCAGUCUCAGGGCGUGCUCUGUCCUCGUUACUCGUCCCUCCGCGCGCGUUGUUGUGAAACGGAACGUUUUCAGGAUACACUGUUAUUUUUUAUCUGUGGUGAAUUUAAAAAGAUUCAAAAAGUGACGCGUUCCAUUAUCGAAAUCGAAUUUUUCUUUUAGAAUUUGGGCCGUCGAAACCAUGUAAUAAAACAAUGCACGAUCGUUGUCGCGAGUCCAUCCCCCAUCACUGCGCAUGUGCGCGACACCCGACCAAGUGGUAGAGAUGGGUGUUCCACUGCAAACUCUUUGGAACGCGACUUUCACAAUUUGCCGGGUUGCGCUAGCGCGGGACUGAAGAAGAAGGUGUGGGGUCUGCGGUGUAAGGUCAACAUUCACGCCAAGACAAACUCGACCCAAGCUCAUGCACAUUAAAGUUAAAUCGACGACGAACCACUGAAAAUAUGCGUGGGCAAAAUGACGAAACGGGCGUUAUACAACCACGCGGUUCUCAAGCGGAUGACAACUCUUCGAUUUUUCCUCCUUAUCAGCUGCUUCAGCUUCCUAUCCGUGCUCUGGUUCACGUCAGUCAAUAGAGAGGAAAGCAUCAUCCAAGAAGCCCUCGACAACAUUGCCCGAGACAUCAGAUACUCGAAUGUGUACAGAAAACCUAGUCGGCAACCCAAAGAUCUUAAGUACGUUCUACUAUGGACACGCCAGGAUUACUCCCCAUUCUAUUUCCUUGGGAAUGGCCAACGAGCAUUCCUAAAAAAUAACUGUUCAGUGUACAAUUGUUAUGUCACAACCAACAGAGACUUCUUCGGAGGAGACACCAGCCGGUUUGAUGCGAUCGCUUUCAACGGCCGCAACUUACGACCCAUGCGGCGUUCGCAACUCCCCAAAAAGAGGUCUAUUCACCAGAAAUACAUAUUUUUCAACCUUGAAUCCGCUGACAAUUACCCCAUCUGCCACAGCAUGUUCGAAGGAUUCUUCAAUUGGACGGCCACAUACAAACUCGAUUCUGACGUUCCGUUCCCUUACAUAGUCGUAAAGAACAGAAAUGGUGAAAUCGUGGGACCGAAAAAGAAAAUGGAGUGGGUUUCUAAUAUGAGAGACGUGGAUAAAGAUUUUGCAGUUCAACUGAUGAGUAAGAAAAAGGCAGCUGCAUGGUUUGUGUCAAGUUGUUCGGAUAGGAGUGGGAGACGAGAGUUUGUAACGAAACUCCAGGGAGCUUUAGCAGGUUAUGGACUCACAGUCGACGUGUAUGGUGCUUGUGGAACUAUGAAAUGUCCCCUGGAAAAAAAAUCUGAAUGCGAUUCAAUGUUGGAGAGAGAUUACUAUUUUUAUUUGUCUCUAGAAAAUUCUUUCGCCGAAGACUAUGUUACGGAGAAAUUACUUACUGCAUUGCAACACAAUACCGUGCCUAUAGUGUACGGCGCGGCUGACUACUCCAGGUUCCUCCCCCCAGGGUCGUACUUGGACGCUCGGAAACAAGACGCUGAUGAUCUGGCUGCCAAGAUAUCUCAUCUCAUUGCCACCCCUGAUCUAUACCACCAGUUCUUCAAAUGGAAGCACUAUUACAGUUACCACGACGCGACAGAUUCAGACAACGUAUGUGCCAUUUGCGAGGCUCUAAACAACAAAAGUAAGGUGGAGACCACGACCUCGUAUACGGAUUUCCGCAGGUGGUGGAAUCCAUUGUACAAGGAGCGCUGCUGGUGGUUAGAAGACGAUAUCGGGUUUGAUCACCUUUUGCCUUAGAAUUUAGGUACCUGAAAUGUGGACUUUUUAGGCUGCGCUUAAGCUGUGACGUUUACGAAGAGAUGCAGAAAAAUAA